AUGCCCAUUCUAAGGUUGUGGUUCAAUGUUGAGGCGGACUUGAGGCAGGACCUACUCCUCAGCAGAAGAGCCAUAAAUGCUGUCCAAAAGCUGCUACAGAGAGAGCAGGACCAUGGUUGGGGCGGGCAACUGGAGGUCCUUAUCUAUUUAUACUGGUUGGCACAUGGACUCUCUUACAUCGUGGUGGCUCGUGUGUUCAACGUCCCCAAAUCCACGGUGCACCGAGUCGUCCACAAAGUGGCAAAUUACAUAUGCCGAAACCUAAGGCGUGCCAUUGCAUUCCCCCAGGCUGAAGAGCUGGAUGCAGUUGGCAGAGGAUUUGCCCAGCUAUCUGGGAGCCCUGCAUUCAGGAAUGUUGUGGGAGCAAUAGACUGUAGCCAAAUUAGAAUCAAGCCACCUGCACGGCACCGAAUUGACUAUCUUAACUACAAAGGCUAUUAUUCAGUUAACAUGCAGGCAAUAUGUGAUUCUAAUGGAAGAUUCCUGGACAUCUUUGUGGGUUACCCGGGAUCCGUACAUGACUCGAGGGUCAUGAAAAACAGCACUUGCUACAAGGCGAGACGGUACCCUCCACCAGGCUACAUUCUCCUUGGGGAUGGUGGCUACCCGUGUCUGGAAACACCCAUCUGCCUCAUGACUCCGUAUAAGGAACCAGUCAAUGGACCUGUACAGGGGCGCUACAACUUCCAUCAUGCCAAGGGCCACAGUAUAAUUGAGCGAGCCUUUGGGGUAAUGAAGACCAGGUGGCGGUGUACCCUUUUCAAAGCAUUGGAGGUGAGGCCAGUGUUUGCUCCCCAGGUCAUUGCAUCCUGUGCGUUUCUCCACAAUGUGUGUCUGGACAAUGGGGACCUUCUUGAGCCAGAUGAAGAUGUGGCACAGGACAUCCUGGAUCCCCAACCUCCCGGAGACCCCCUAGCAGUUAAUGAGGGGCUUGGAAAUGCAGCACGGGACAGAUUGGCAGCCCAAGUGUCACAAUGUUGA